CUCGCGAGAGUUGAAGAUGACGUAUGCGGAAGUUUACAUUCUGCUUGGAAAAACGUGUAGCUGAUGGCAGCUGAUAGAAAAGCCGGGUGCUGUUUAUCUCUAUCCUUCAUACUCCUCCGAGUCUAGACUCCUCUUUAAAAUGAACUCAGUAUUAAUAAACGCAGUCUUGUCCGGCUCUCCUGACUGCUGCCUGUUGUUGGAGUCUCUGUCCUGGCCGGGUGACCUGUGGCCGGGUACGGAGCGUGUUGAGGCGCUGACAGCUUUCAUUGAAUGUCUUGGAGCUUCUCUUCUGACCGACUCACACACGGUACAGUUUUCAGCUGCGAAUAAAAAGAGCAUUACAGAUAAAAUCGAGUCGGUGUUAUGGACGAAAUGUCUGCCUCUUUUCUCGAGGAUACCAGCUGAAGGCUGCAGGGAGAGUAUCUCUGCUGCAUGCCGCCUUGUGAGCACCUGUGUCCCGCUGUGUGAUGAGGCAGUCCCAGGGAAGGUUGCUCUGUCUGUUCUGCCGUCGCUGCAGCUGUCAGAGGAGGAGGACUUACUCAGUCCUGGGCGACUCAGUGUGGAGGUUGCAAGUGAAGUCAUAGCUGCUGUUUUACCUGCUUUAUCAGUGGAUGAACAUCUCACACUCAAAGUCCUGACAUCUGCAUUAUCCUGCGUCAAAACCCUCCCUGAUGCUCUGGUGUCCAAAAUCACAGUCAGGCUUCUCCUGGCCGUCUUGAACUGCAGCAGUGGAGCCAGGUUACAAAGCAUCCUCAGGCUGAUUUUCGAGGAUCUGUGCAGCUGGCACUCCACCUGCCGCACAGCAGUGGUUACAGAGAGGACACUUCUGUGUUUGACAGCUCUGUCAGACCACCUGCUGAAACCCCACAGCUUCCUUUCUUCCUCCUCUUCCUCCUCUUGUGACCCUGACCCUCGUCUUUCCCUUCACUUCUGGAGGAUGGUUCAGGAUGGACUCACGCACAGAGACAGCGUGUCACGCAAGAGGGCGUUGUACCUGCUGAAAAUGUGCGUGGCCCUGUCAGAGAAGGAGGGGGUGGACUGCCCUCUUGUUCCUUCAGAGGAGGAUGAGGUUUUGUUCAAAUGGGCCUCUAAGGAGAGCAAGCUGCUCAGAGAGUUUUGGGAGGAUUAUGCUCUGGUGAUGGAGACUCUGGAGGAAAAUCAGGUUCAUGUCGUCCGGCCAGUCUUAAACAGAAUAGACACUUUGAUUCAAACAACAGUGAACGAUAGUCAAGCUUCAGGUCAGAGUCUCCUCCACCCCUCUUGGCUGCUGUGUGUGUACCAGCGGAUGUUCCACAGUGAGAACAAAUCCUUAAUGAAGGAGGGAGUGUGUCAUCUGCUCGAGCUGCAGGUGCUGCAGCAGCCUGCCUUUGCUUUGGCCUUUUCUCAGUUUAUCGUUGGCCCUUUCAUGGAAGUUCUGUCUGAAUCUUCACUCUUCCAAAGGUCAGCUGGGCAGCAUGUUGGAGAUUGUCCUGAGCUUGGCACCAAACUCCAAGUUUUCAUGACCACCUUCUUCAGCAGUCUUCCAUCUGAGCACAGAGGCUCCACGUUGCUGCAAAUGAUUCAGCAGCUGUGCUCUAAACACUGGUGUGCUGUACCCCUCCUCUUCCUCGCCCAGGCUCUAUCCAAACUCCCUCCAAGUCCACUUCUGGGAGUGGAGGGCUUCGCUGCUCUCAGAGAGGUGCUGCGCUGCACGAUGAUCACCCAUCAAGUCCUGCUGAGAGGAGCCGCUCAGUGCUUCCUGCUCGAGAGCGCCUUCUGCCUCACAGACGUGAGCGCUGUGACCCUGGAUGACGUUUUCAGCUUCCUGGUGGAUUUUCGUGCAGAUGAGUCACUUUGUAGAGGGACCCAAAUUUGGAAUCAGACAUGUGAGUGGCUAACAAACAAUGAGAGCAGCUUCAGGCCCAGGAUUACUGAUGGAGAACAUGCUGAUGCUGACUCAAAGAAAGAAACUGUAAGAAGCUACGUCAGAAGUGAGAUACAGGCUUAUCUAAGAGUCCCAGCGAGCACAGGUCUCACUGAGAAGUUACCCGACCCCAGAGAGGCCGAUAAGUUGGCCCGGGCUGUUCUGCUGUGUUUGGACAUGGACAGGGGUCAACCCGGGGCAGAGAUCACUAACACUCUGGAGUCAUUACUAUCUCCUCUGCUGGACACCCUGAGCAGAGUCAGCACCAAUAUCUACCUGCCUGUGCGCAAGAGUGACAAGAGCCUGCAGCUCCUGCUGAGACUGUUCCAGCUUGGAGGAAAACCAAGCUGUCAGUGUGCCAGAGAGGAGCAAGUGGACAGCGUGAUAGCAGCCAUGGAGAAGCUGAUUUCUAAACUCAUCGAUCCGAUCCUGGAGUUUAUCCUGAGGCGGCUGUUUGGAGAGCUGCAAGAGCUGUUUGAUGUGGAGCGGGCAGAGCUGUAUCUGAGUGUCCUGAGGCAGCUGGUGCUCACAUUUAAUUCUGCACAACACCAACAUAAAAUUCAGCAGACGUAUUUCUCCAAACUCAUCAAGUACGGCCUCAAGGUUCUGCAGGAACCAAGCCAGGAGAUCAACUCUGUAGCAAACCAGGUGGCUAAAGCGAUUUCAAUGGCAACUCUUGCUACAGUCUGUGGUCUUUUAGAGCAGGAAGGGAUAAAAGUUCAACCAGAGACCAGUUCGGCUCUGAAAUCCCUCAAUGAAUACUUCUAUUUCCAAGUGUCACCUUCUCCUCAAAGUCUGUCCUGUCUGGGAAACUUUAAUAAACGUCUGCGAAAACCACAGACAGAAGAUAGUUCAAGUGAUGUAGGACUGCAGGGUCUUCUGCUGCAGGACUGGGGACGCAUUGCUGCCAACUUUAUGCGUGAUCAGUGGAUAUGCCUGAGCUUCCUUAUUAAGACUGUUGGUUUACCAGAGUCCGCAGAAAUGUCUGAGACCCUGAAAGCUGCUCUGAGUUGCAGUGUGGACGCCCUGUCUCUGCUGCCCAAUGACCUCGUUCUGCCUGUGCUCACCUACAUGGAGACACUGCUGCCACAAUUAGUGCUCCAUGAGGAGGCCCUGUGUGUGGAAGCUGUGACUCUGAGCUGGGAGCUGGUGCAGGGGCUGAGCACCAACGCCCAUGAUUUCUGGUUGGCCCUGAAAGGCUUCAUCUCCAUGGCUUUCCAUCGCAAACUGCUCAAGCUUGCAGACACUAAGGCACCCACUCUUACAGACACAUUGAAACAGAUUACGACUGAGCUGAUGGUGCUGUCUCAGUCAAAGAGCGGUGUGUUCGGGGUGCUGCUUCAACACGUCUGUGAGACGUGGCUGCCCGCAGACAGAGACUGUGACGACGCUGUGUUCUCCAGUGUUUUCAGCCACAUCAACAUCCUCACAGAUGCCUGUGUCUACGGUCCGGUGUUCAGGAGAGAUCAGCGGCUCAUCCAGGAUGUCCAAACGUAUGUGGAGCAGCUGGGUGAAGAGUGUUCAGCCAACGUUGUAGUUAUAAGUGAUAACAGGGACGAGCAGCUGCCCCGCUUGUGUGCUCUGGCUUUUCUUACCCGCCUGGAUCCCUUGAAAGUGCAGAAUCAUGAAAGGUUGAUAGAGGACGUAGUUCUGGAUCUGUUGAAAAAGGAUAAUGGUAUAUCAAAGUCAAAAGUGCGUUACUAUAGCAACUCCCUGCAACAUCGUGUGAAAAACAGAGUGUGGCAAACGAUGCUGCUGCUGCUGCCCAAACUCAAAGAGGACUUCAUUGCCACUGUAGUAAAGCAUGUGUUUGAAGCCGGGUUCUGCAGUAACCAGGCCUCAGUCAAAUACCUGAUCGAGUGGACGAUGAUUCUGAUCCUCAUGAAACAUCCUCAACACGUGGACAUCUUCUGGGACUGCUUCAGCAUGGAUCAUGAAAAGACAAAGACGAGCGCCUGCACUUUCUUGUCAGUGCUGGUUCACUUCAGUGUCAUCCUCCCUCUGCUCAAAGAAAAGACUCUGCAGCUUCGUAAAGCCCUUGACGUCAUCCUGCAGUGGUGUUUCAACCACAACUUCAGCGUGCGUCUGUACGCCUUGCUGGCUUUGAAGAGGGUGUGGAGCUUGGCAAAGGACGUCAUGGCAGAAGAAGGGGACUGUGGUUUGGGAGCUCUGUCCACUGUGAUCCAGGCUUGUCUGAACCAGGCGGAGGCCAUGCAGAGCACGGGAAAUGCCAACAAGAACUGGUUGAGGAUUCAGGAGCACUUCUUCUUUGGUGCUUUUCAUCCGAUCAGGGAUUACAGUGUUGAGACCAUAUUUCAUACUUUCCCCAGCCUGUCAGAGGUGGUUGAUGACGAGUGGAUUCCAACCUGGAAGUUUGAGGAGCUGCAAGGUUUCUCUGACAGUUCAUCCUUAAGUUUGAGAAACCCUUCUCCUGAGCUGAGCCAGCUGCAGCCCGGAGACUGGAUCCAGCAAGACAAAGGUGAGCAGAAUAAAGAGGACCGCUGGGCCGAGGUGCAGAAGAAGAUCACUCCCUGGAGGUUGGGAAUCCAGGAGCAGGAGCCCGAGCUUCAGCUGGCUCCUCAGCAGAGGGCUGCUCGACUCGGCAAGCUGCACGGUGCCCUGCUGGUGGUAGCCUCACUGAUCGACAAGCCCACCAAUCUAGGAGGUCUGUGCAGGACCUGUGAGAUCUUCGGUGCCAGCGCUCUGGUUUUGGACAGCCUCCGCCACGUCAGUGACAAACACUUUCAGUCCCUGAGCGUCUCGUCUGAGCUGUGGCUUCCUCUGUUGGAGGUGAAGCCGACAGAGCUCACUGACUUCCUGCAGAUGAAGAAAGGAGAAGGUUACUGUAUAGUUGGAGUGGAGCAGACAGCCAACAGUCAGAGCCUCCAGGACUACCAGUUCCCUGAGAAGACUCUGCUGCUCCUGGGUAAUGAACGAGAGGGUAUCCCUGCCAACUUACUCCAAAUGUUGGACGUGUGUGUGGAGAUCCCUCAACAAGGAGUCAUCCGAUCUCUGAACGUGCAUGUUAGCGCUGCUCUCCUGAUUUGGGAAUAUACACGACAACAUCUCAACUCAACUGAAGUCCUCUCAACCUGCAGCUGAAGGAGAAACCAGCAGCCAGGUGUACCCACAUGACCUCUGACCCCUGGGUGUUGACGUUUCCUGCUUCUAUCUGAUGUGAAUAUCAUGUUUUUGAGACUUAAAUAUAAACCAAAGCUUCUGAAUAUGAAGAUGUUCCAUGGAGUGUAUUAAUAUGGUCAGAAGUCAUUAGUAGGCUACCUGUAAUGUGCCUUAAUGAGGGUCAUGAAUUGUGAUCGGCUCUGGUUAUUACAUUUAAAUAUUCCACUGGGCAUGCUGGGAUAUUAAUGGAGGCAAUCUCCGUGUCAGCAGAGCAGCAGCAUAAAUGGAAAUGUUCCCCUUAAAGGAAGAAGUGUCAUGUUAAUGUGAGCAAUUAGUUUUAGCCUCAGAGCAUCAGGACUGGACUAAAAUCUUAAUACCCAGGAGUAUAUUACACGUAUUAUUAUACAUAUAUAUAUAUAUAAUGCUGCUGUGGAUAGGCAUCAUUUCUUUCCUGUUUGUUUUUACUGUUACUUGUGGUUUUAUUUUGUAAACAUUUUGUUAUAAUUGAAUAAAUAAGAACUCUCUGGUAUAUUUUCA